AAGUACCUACCUACCUACCUUAUCUCUUUUUCAUUGCACAAGAAAAACGCGGAAUAACGCCGUCAUCCUACAUGCAGUCUCGACUCUCUCAACCAUCGCCGGAUCUUUCCAUGAGCCACCUGCAUCAGCCCGCCGAGUCUACCAAGUCCAUACCUGAGGCACGCGUGGGGUUGCCGCCAGAAUCCUCACCCAGGCGCGGUCUUCUCUCGAGUCCUGACUUUGCCGCAAUCAGCAACACAGCUGGCAAAGGAGGUAGAGGGGAGCUAGGAGAGCCAGGAGAGCCGCCUUCAAUCAAUUCGCUCCUCCGUAGCCACUGUAGGGCCCGCCUCUAUGUCCCUCCUAUCGCCUGGGCCGCCCUUCAAUUGGACCUCCUUGGAUGCCGGUUCGCCAAGGUCAAGGGACCACGGAGUCCACCGACCCCGAGCCAGGAGAAUAGAGGAGACUUGGAUCCUCAAUGCAGGAAAGAUGACCAGCGCCAAACGGCCAUUCGGAAUGCGAGGUACCUUCGGGCUCUGGGUACACUAGAGUUCAAGAGGGCUGCAAUGCUGAGUGUUCUUGCAUACUUUGACAUGGUUCCCGUGCAGCCAGAGCUACCCUUCCGCUUCAAAGGGCAGGUUGUCAAGAGAUUCAUCCGAGGCCCUCGUCUUAAGACCCAUACCAACCGGGUCAAUUGGCCCAUGAUAAGCCUGAGGCAAAAGAGGUUGCGCAGCAUUCACCCCAUAAAAAAGGCGAGAGAUCCAUACAUCAUGGCUCUUCUGAUUGCACUGGCCCAGGCGCAACGACUGGAACAUGGAAACCCGACACAGACGGUGGGAACAGGCUCGGGGCCGCAGGCUACGGAAGCAAAUCCCACUCCCUUCAAGACAUCUGUCGCAAAGGUCCAGGUUCUCGCCCUUGAUGAUGGAGCCGUACCAGCCAGCAUUUAUGUCUACACCGCUCGCAUGCCGUCUAGCUUCCUCGAUAAGCUAGACAGACCGUCGGACUGCAUACCUAGUCCUCCUCUCCGUGCCUCGUUCCAGCGCCUCUCCCUCAGGGUGCCGGAGGAAUUCAUUCCCAUGUCAAAGACGGCAACGACUACCACCACCGGAUCAUUUCCGUCCAAGAUGGUUAUUAACUGCCCCGCGUUGAGAUGUGGCGGGGAUGCUGCAUCGUGCAAGUCGGGAGUGGUGCUGGGGAGAGACGAGAAGGGCCGAAGCGGCGAGGCCGUGCUGGCCGUGCUGGUCGGGCGGUUGUGGUCAUUAGUCGUGCGCAUCAAUGCCCGCGUCUCGCUAUUGGUCCUGCUGGAUCUGGUGUGGUAUUGGGCGUCCCUAUGA